UUCCCCAAUGCUUUCAAUUAGACUUCCAACUGAGCAAUAUGAAGUUCCUGGCUCUUUUCGUCACCCUGCUGGUUGUUUUGGCCAUGGUCAAUGGCCAAAAACCAUCCAAAACUAACACAAAUCACAACGUCAUCGUGAUCGGUGGCAAGAAACCCGCAGCUGCACCCAGCGCUCCUGCUCCUGCUGCUGAUGCUCCUGCAGCCCUGUAAAUGUCAUGAGUCAGGACUUAUUUACUUCUAAUAAAAUGGAACGCUAAUUACAA